UCAGUCUCAAUCAGUCAGUCUCUAGAUUCGCAAUACAGACCUCUUAAGCAAAUAAAAUGUUUAAAUUGGUGGUGUUGUCCGCUCUCGUUGCCGUCGCUAUGGCCAAGCCUAGCUUAUACCAUGAGGUAGCUGCACCGAUCGUAGCUAAAAGCUACGUAUCACCGGCCGCCGUAAGCAGCACUUACAGGGAAGACAUCAUUAGCAAACCAGCUCAUAUUGCUUACGCCGCUGCUGCUCCCGUAAUCGCCAAAACUUACGUAGCCGAACCGGUUGCCGUGGCAGCUCCCGCCAUUGUAAAAACGAUUGCUGCUCCAGCUGCUGUAAGCCACACUUACAGGGAAGACAUUAUUCAGAAACCUGCUGCUGUAGCUUACGCUGCUCCAGCCGUAGUUGCCCCAGUUGUUGCCAAAACCGUUAUUGCUCCAGCUUACGCUACCUAUGCUGCUCAUGCUCCCGUUGCUUACACUAGCUACGCUGCCCAUGCUCCAACUGUCUAUGCUGCUCCGGCUGUCCAUGCUUGGUUUGAGCAAGAAUUCAUUGACAAGGAACCAACAAUGGAUAUUGUUGUGGAGGAACUGAUUAUUAGGUUGGGUGAAGACAGUGACUCUGAAACUGAUUUGGAUGAAAAGGAUGAUGACGACCAUGAUGAUGUUAACGAUGGCGACUUAUCUGGAAUCGAAGAAAUUGGUGAAAAUGACGAAGACCAAUUAACAAUUAAAAUGUAUAAAUUGGUGGUGUUGUCCGCUCUCGUUGCCGUCGCUGUGGCCAAACCUAGUCUAUACCAUGAAGUAGCUGCACCAAUCGUAACUAAAAGCUAUGUAGCACCCGCCGCUGUAAGCCACACUUAUAGAGAAGAUAUCAUAAGCAAACCAGCUCAUAUUGCUUACGCUGCUCCCGUAAUUGCUGAGCCAGUUAUCGCCAAAACUUACGUAGCUGAACCGGUUGCCGUGGCAGCUCCCGCCAUUGUAAAAACGAUUGCUGCUCCAGCUGCUGUAAGCCACACUUACAGGGAAGACAUUAUUCAGAAACCUGCUGCUGUCGCUUACGCUGCUCCAGCCGUAGUUGCCCCAGUUGUUGCCAAAACCGUUAUUGCUCCAGCUUACGCUACCUAUGCUGCUCACACUAGCUACGCUGCCCAUGCUCCAACUGUCUAUGCUGCUCCCGCUGUUCAUGCUUGGUAAUGAGAAGACUGAAUCGAUUGGACGAUGCUGUAAAUAAAACUAUUUAUGGAAUUAAAUAAUAGUAAAUUUAAAAGA